UGAACGGCGCAGCUGGUGCAGCAUUUUGGGACGCCAUGGUCGACUACUCCAAAUGGGACAAGCUGGACAUCAGCGACGACGAAGCGCCCAAGCCUCGGCCGCACGUGUCCAAGUUCGACGCGCCGCAGACGGUGACCAUCGGUGGACAGGGUCAAGCUGCUGCUGACGUCGAGAUGGAGGAGGAUGAUGAUGAGCCAUUUGAGACUGAGGACGACGGCCUGGUGGAUGGUGACGAUCGCCGGGAAGACGUGUUGCAGUGCCGCGCGCUGGGUGAAAGGGCCUUGAGGAACGGUGACGUCUCGGAAGGCAUCCGCUUGUUGGAGAAGGC